AUGGUUCUAGUCCACAUCGUUCUCUUUGAAUUCAAACCCAACACUCACAAAGAUCAAAUCGACGAACUAUGCAAACACAUGCUCUCUCUCUCAACUCUCUGCAUACAUCCGGAAUCCCGUAAACCAUAUAUCCUAGAAGCGUCUGGGGGGAGGGAUAAUUCGCCAGAGGGCCAUCAAGGCGGUUUCUCUCACGGCUUUGUGUUUCAUUUCGCAUCCACUGCCGAUCGAGAUUACUAUGUGAAUGAAGAUCCAGCACAUCAAGAAUUUGUCAAGAAAGCGGGAGGGAUAGUGCAGAAUGUUAGAGUUGUUGAUUAUGAGAUGGGUGCUUUCUAG